AUGCCCACUAGAAAUUACCCUCCCCCACCUUCUGCACCCACCUGCAACGCCAUCCUCGCUGGGCCACAACGCAGCCCCGCCCUCGUCCGUCGCGCACGCCCCUUUCCUACACCACUUUUUCGCUUCGCUUCAAACAAGCACACAGUGUCCCCUCCCCGCCCGUAUUCCUUCCAGCCCGUUGCAGUCCCUCUUUGCAUAGUGCCUUCCCCUUUCUUCCUACCCCUCCCUUUCCCCCUCACCCCCCUUUUAACUUGUCCACGCCCUCACUUCCCCCGCGCGCAGGAAUGGGUCUGCUCCCCCGUCUGCUCGCGGUCAUCGGCCCAUUGCUGCUUCUCUUCUUGUUCGCCAUCGCGGAUGCCGCCCGUCUCCCCUUCAUCCACGUCCUCUCGCGUCAAACGAGUGUCCCUCGUGUGCCACCCAGUUUCAACCUCAAUUCCGGUGGUCCUGAUGUCGGCCGCUUCGUCGAAGACCUCCCAUGGGUUUUGGGCGAAACCGCUGCGUCCGAUAUUCCCGACGCCUCCAUCGGCGGUGCGGAUGAAAUCAACCUCCCCAUGUACAACUCGCAUCGCUUUGGUGUUGAUGGCUCCACAUGGGGUUAUGACAUUCCCGUCCGCAGGCCCGGUGUCUACGGCUGCACCGUCCAUUUCGCGGAGACGGACUUCGCAUCGUUCGAAGCUGGCGCGAGGGUCUUUGAUAUCCUUUUCUCUACGGCCAGCGGCAACCCAGUUCGCUUCAACAAGAUAG